CGCCGCGCGGCCGCCUCGCCUCGUGUGCCGUCCUUGUUUACAAACACCGUGAACAUAGUCAUGUCGUGACAUAACUUACGGGCUAGUCUACUAGAAUAGUUAUCGUGCUUUAUCGCUAUGGCGGUGUGUGACAAGUGGGUCGCGCUCAAGAUAGUGGAGUUUAUAUUUUGCGUGGCGUGCCUCGUUUACAAGCGCGUGUCACAAGACGACGAGGUGCGGCUGUCCCUAUUGCUUCAGAAGUAUUCCAGGGAAUGGUCGCUACUCACCUCCGUGACUUGGGACUCGGUUGGCGGUGCCUUCGCCGACGCCGUUUAUGGAGGGUACGUGAUUAUUACCUUCGGGUUGCUGAUAGCGCGAAUCUUUCAAGAGAUCCCGAGAGGCAGGCGGAUACUGGAGGGCUUCUUCCUUGGAUUUGGAAUGCUGUUCUUCCUCGUUUUAGGUGGUCUAGAGCUCGCAUCUCUAGACGAAGUCCCCCACAAGCUGUACGUGAACGGCGCCGUGCUGGGCAGCCUGUCCCUCAUCGUCGCCGCCCUCUUCCUCAUCGACCUCCUGGCUCCGAGGGUCUACACCGCCGCCCACCACUCGCAGACCGACCCCGUCUCCUCGCCCAAGUCUGACAAGAAGGUAACCAUACUCUCACAGCCGAAGAACAAUGCUGUAUCACAGACAAAUGGUAACGGGGUAAUAAGUAAUGGCAAACAGAAUGGCCACAUUACUACAGACACACCGAAGGAUAAGAAUAGACCGAAGGAUCUAGAUUUGACGCAAACCAAAAUAGAUAAAACUGACAGUCCUAGCUUGUUUGACUCCCCCAGCCCCGGCUACACGAAGUUCGAUGAUAACAUAGAGCCGCAUUUAGAACAGUCGAAAUUCGGAUCGCUUCGCAGCGGUCUCGAGGCAGGGAACUAUGUCCGCCUAUCGGACCCCAUGACCGAGCAUGACAAACUCCACUACGAGCGCGAGCUCGCCAAAUUCAACGAAAGAUACUUUAAAGAUUACCUGGACAAUUUCGCUGGAACGUUACAAUGUAAAGCGGGCUAUCUUCCGGAGUUGCAAUCGCCUAAAUUCGCUAAAGUUCAAACUGGACGAUUAAGGAGCUUGUACGAUGAAGUGUCGCCGAAUUACGAAAAGGCUCGGCAGAAGUCUCCGACCAGAGCGAAGACCGUGCCGAGCCCCACCAUGCAGCAGUUAGAAGACUACUUGAAAGGAUCCAACAAGUCGUCGAGAAGGUCGGAGACUCCCGCCUUGUUCCCCAUGGAGCCCAUAGAAGAGAGAGACAGGGAGGGUGUAGACCUGACGGACCGUGCGUCGGGGACGCCCACAGAUCCUGGCUACGUGCAGUACACGGCCGGCAAGUGGCCGGACAAGCGGGAGAUUCGCACGCCCCGACACAGCCCCAAGUAACCACCAAAGUCUAACAUAAUAAAUGCUCUAUUAGGACGAAGAUGAGAAGUUACCAAGUUAGUUGUUGACCAGAUUUUCUAGCAAGAAUGGGUUUGCUACUUCCGCAGAGCUCGAGCUGCCUUUGAUGUGUUUAUUUUAAUGUGUUCUUUUGUGCAGAGCGUUCUAUAAUAAAUCAUGUGACGGGAACUCCGGUACGCGACAAGCGUUCAGUAUUAUUGUGAACAUUGACUAUUGUUGUGUUCAGUGUGUGAAAUAAUUAUAAAUAGCCAUUAAUAUGUAGAUAAACAGUAGGUAGGUACUAAUAAAUUUUGUAUGACGAUGGACGUAAUAAACUAAUUUUACACGGU